ACAGCAGAAUGGGCGAUGUCGGGAAUGAUUAAAAAUCCGAGAACCCUGAAGAAAGCACAAGCCGAGGUGAGACGAGUCUAUGAAAGAACAGGAGAAGUCAACGAAUCAGACCAUGAACUGAAGUACUUGAAGUUAGUUAUCAACGAAACUCUAAGAUUGCACCCUCCUCUACCUUUGCUACUUCCAAGAGAAAAUUCUGAGAGAUGUGAGAUUAAUGGAUAUGAGAUACCAGCCAAGACCAAAGUGAUUGUUAAUGCAUGGGCAAUCGGAAGAGACUCCAACUACUGGAACGAAGCCAAUAAGUUCGAUCCGGAGAGAUUCAUCGACAGUUCAAUCGACUACAAAGGGAUAAACUUCCAAUAUAUUCCGUUUGGUGGUGGAAGGAGGAUAUGUCCAGGCAUGUCAUACGGAAUGGCUGUUGUUGAGCUUACCCUCUCACAAUUACUGUACCAUUUUUAUUGGAAGCUUCCUAAUGUAAUGAAAAAUGAGGAUUUGGAUAUGACUGAAGCAUUUGGUGUCACAACUAAAAGAGAAAGACAUCUCUACCUGAUCCCCUUCCCUUACUACCCACCAUCUUGUAUUUGA